AGAAUGGCAACUAACUUUGUGAGCACUUUCAAGACGAUCGUCCAGCUGGCGCUCAUUUUCGUCGUAAUGUGCAGUGAGUGUGCCGCCGGACCACAGCACACUUGCGCCUACCCUGAAACUUGCACCAAUCCGGGUGAAAAUGACCCCAACCACAUCGUGACUUCCACAGCCCAGUACAACGCGACAUCUGGGCAGUGCGAGAACAUCCCGUCGGAGACUGGACCUCACAACUGUCAGAAGUUCCCUACCAUCGCAGACUGCGAGACGAACUGCGGGAAUGCCGGACAGGAAACCAGUGCUGGCCACCCUGAAACACGCAUUGUCAUUGACGACCCCGUGCUGUAA